CCCUUUUUUCACUCAAAACUUCAUCUUCAUCUGCCAAAAUGUCUGCUCCCGCUCCUCUUCGUCUGGGCUCCAUCGCCCCCAACUUCCAGGCCGAGACCACCAAGGGCAAGAUCGACUUCCACGAGUUCAUCGGCGACAACUGGGUCAUCCUCUUCUCCCACCCCGAGGAUUACACUCCCGUGUGCACCACCGAGCUCGGCGCCAUGGCCAAGCUCGCCCCCGAGUUCGCCAAGCGUGGUGUCAAGCCCAUUGGUCUCUCUGCCAACACCAUCGAGUCCCACGAGGGCUGGAUCAAGGAUAUCUCCGAGGUUACUGGCGGCAACGUCGAGUUCCCCAUCAUUGGUGACAAGGAGCGCAAGGUUUCCCUGCUCUACGACAUGAUCGACCAGCAGGAUGCUACCAACGUCGAUGAGAAGGGUAUUGCCUUCACCAUCCGAUCCGUCUACUUCAUCGACCCCAAGAAGACCAUCCGCACCAUCCUCUCCUACCCCGCCUCCACCGGCCGCAACGCCGCCGAGAUCCUCCGCAUCAUCGACUCCCUCCAGACCGGCGACAAGUACCGCAUCACCACCCCCAUCAACUGGGUCCCCGGUGAGGACGUCAUUGUCCACCCCUCUGUCAAGAACGAGGAGGCCAAGACCCUCUUCCCCGAGUUCCGCAUUGUCAAGCCUUACCUCCGAUUCACUCCUCUGGCCAAGGAGAAGGUUGUUUCCCAGUAAAGGGAUCACUACUUAAUACCCAAAAUGAUACCGAGCAGAUGAGCAAGUGGAUUUGAAUGGGCGUAGUACGACCACUGUCAUGAUACCAGUGGACGGAACCACCAGGAUUGGUCUCUUACAGACUUGCCAUUUGUGAUAGCAUGAAGAUGAAGAAUAAAUGAAGAAAUGCCCAAAUUGUUGCUAUCCA